AUGAACUUGCCCCCUGACAAGAUCCAACUGCUGAGCCAGUAUGACAAUGAGAAGAAGUGGGAGCUCAUCUGUGACCAGGAGCGGUUUCAAGUCAAGAACCCGCCUGCAGCCUACAUCCAGAAGCUGAAGAGCUACCUGGAUACUGGUGGGGUUAGCAGAAAGGUAGCAGCUGAUUGGAUGUCCAACCUGGGGUUUAAGAGGCGAGUCCAGGAGUCCACACAGGUGCUGCGGGAGCUGGAGACAUCCCUGAGGACAAACCACAUUGGGUGGGUACAGGAGUUCCUCAACGAGGAGAACCGUGGCCUGGACGUGCUGCUUGAGUACCUGGCCUUUGCCCAGUGCUCUGUUGCGUAUGACAUGGAGAGUACAGACAAUGGGGCCUCCAACUCGGAGAAGAGCAAGCCCCUGGAGCAGUCAGUGGAAGAUCUCAGCAAGGGUCCACCCUCAUCCGUUCCCAAAAGUCGUCACCUGACCAUCAAGCUGACCCCGGCCCACAGCAGGAAGACCCUGCGGAAUUCCCGCAUCGUCAGCCAGAAGGACGACGUGCAUGUCUGCAUCAUGUGCUUGCGCGCCAUCAUGAACUACCAGUCUGGCUUCAGCCUUGUCAUGAACCACCCAGCCUGUGUUAAUGAGAUUGCUUUGAGCCUCAACAACAAGAACCCCAGAACCAAGGCUCUGGUGCUGGAGCUGCUGGCAGCUGUGUGCCUGGUGCGGGGAGGACACGACAUCAUCCUUGCGGCCUUCGACAACUUCAAGGAGGUAUGUGGGGAGCAACACCGCUUUGAAAAGCUGAUGGAAUAUUUCCGGAAUGAGGACAGCAACAUUGACUUCAUGGUGGCCUGCAUGCAAUUCAUCAACAUCGUGGUACACUCCGUAGAGAACAUGAACUUCCGUGUCUUCCUGCAAUAUGAGUUCACCCACCUGGGCCUGGACCUGUACUUAGAGAAACUUCGACUCACCGAGAGUGACAAGCUGCAGGUGCAGAUUCAGGCCUAUCUGGACAAUGUGUUUGAUGUGGGAGCGCUGCUGGAGGACACUGAGACCAAGAAUGCUGUACUGGAGCACAUGGAGGAGUUACAGGAGCAGGUGGCACUGCUGACAGAGCGGCUUCGGGAGGCGGAGAACGAAUCUAUGGCCAAGAUCGCCGAACUGGAAAAGCAGCUAAGCCAGGCUCGCAAAGAGCUGGAGAUCCUGCGGGAGCGCUUCAGCGAAUCGACCGCCAUGGGCGCCUCCGGGCGUUCCCCCGAGCCUGACAAAGUGCCUGCCCCCGCCUCGGCGCGGCCCUCGGCCCUAGAGCUGAAGGUGGAGGAGCUGGAGGAAAAGGGGUUAAUCCGUAUCCUGCGGGGGCCCGGGGAUGCUGUUUCCAUCGAGAUCCUCCCGGUCCCUGUGGCAACUCCGAGCGGCGGCGGUGAUGCUCCGACUCCGACUCCGGGGGUGCCCACCAGCUCCCCUAGCCCAGGUGCGCAGGGCCCAGAGGGCGAGCCUGCGGGCAUCGCCGGCGGGCGGGGAGCUAGAGAGGGAGGUCUGGAUCGUGGGCGUGGCUCGGGUAGGAGCGGGCGGGUCGAAGAGGACCCAGUACGCAUGCGCAUGCAGCCCCCACCUGCGCCGCCGCUGCCGGGAGACCUGCCGCCCCCACCCCCGCCACCCCCGCCACCGCCCGGCACUGACGGGCCAGUGCCUCCGCCGCCCCCACCGCCUCCAGGAGGUCCCUCUGAUGCCCUUGGAGGGCCCGGCCUAGAGAUGGGCCCAGGAGUGAAGGCCAAGAAACCCAUCCAGACCAAGUUCCGAAUGCCACUCUUAAACUGGGUGGCCCUGAAACCCAGCCAGAUCACCGGCACUGUCUUCACAGAGCUUAACGACGAGAAGGUGCUGCAGGAACUGGACAUGAGUGACUUCGAGGAGCAGUUCAAGACCAAGUCCCAAGGCCCCAGCCUGGAUCUCAGUGCCCUCAAGGGUAAGGCAGCCCAGAAGGCCCCCAGCAAGGCAACACUCAUCGAGGCCAACCGGGCCAAGAACUUGGCCAUUACCCUGCGCAAGGGCAACCUGGGGGCUGACCGCAUCUGCCAGGCCAUUGAGGCCUAUGACCUGCAGUCUCUCAGCCUGGACUUCCUGGAGCUUUUGACCCGCUUCUUGCCCACGGAGUACGAGCGCAGCCUCAUUGCCCGCUUCGAGCGGGAGCAGCGGCCGCUAGAGGAGCUGUCGGAGGAGGACCACUUCAUGCUGCGCUUCAGCCGCAUCCCGCGUCUGCCUGAGCGCAUGGCCACGCUCACCUUUCUGGGCAACUUCCUGGACACAGCCCAGCUGCUCAUGCCGCAACUGAAUGCCGUCAUCGCAGCCUCAAUGUCCAUCAAGUCCUCUGACAAACUCCGCCAGAUCCUGGAGAUCGUCCUGGCCUUCGGCAACUACAUGAACAGCAGCAAGCGUGGAGCAGCCUACGGCUUCCGGCUCCAGAGUCUGGAUGUGCUGUUGGAGAUGAAGUCGACUGACCGCAAGCAGACACUGCUGCACUACCUGGUGAAGGUCAUUGCUGAGAAGUACCCACAGCUCACAGGCUUCUACAGUGACCUACACUUCUUGGAUAAGGCGGGCUCAGUGUCCCUGGACAGUGUCCUGGGGGAUGUGCGCUCCUUGCAGCGAGGCCUGGAGUUGACGCAGCGAGAGUUUGUGCGGCAGGAUGACUGUGUGGUGCUCAAGGAGUUUCUGAGGACCAACUCGCCCACCAUGGACAAGCUGCUGGCAGACAGCAAGACUGCUCAGGAGGCCUACGAGUCUGUGGUGGAGUACUUCGGAGAGAACCCCAAGACCACGUCCCCGAGCCUGUUCUUUUCCCUCUUUAGCCGCUUUGUCAAGGCCUACAAGAAAGCUGAGCAGGAGGUGGAACAGUGGAAGAAAGAAGCUGCUGCCCAGGAGGCAGGCACUGACACCCCAGGCAGAGGGGAGCACCCAGCACCCAAGUCCCCACCCAAGGUCCGGCGACAACAGAUGGACCUCAUCUCUGAGCUGAAACGGAAGCAGCAGAAGGAGCCACUCAUCUACGAGAGUGACCGCGAUGGGGCCAUUGAAGACAUCAUCACAGUGCUCAAGACCGUGCCCUUCACGGCCCGCACCGGCAAGCGGACAUCCCGGCUCCUCUGUGAGGCCAGCCUGGGAGAGGAGAUGCCCCUCUAGCCCCCAGGUACCCAGCAGCCUGGACUCUGAUCCCAGUGCUGCCCACAGUGGGAACUGAGUCAUGCUGCCCUCUCCUGGGCCACUGCAUGGCCGGGAUGUUUGAGGGGGGGUCUGGAAAACAUAAACAGUGCCCCCUCCCACAUGCACACACCCUGGGUCCUUAGAAGGGUGAGCCUGUGCCCUGGAGCCAUGGUCCCAGCUCUGGGCUGACUCCUGACUGGUAAAUGUGUCUCUUCUG